AUGCACACAGACGGCGCCGACACUUGGGGCCAUACCCUGUCGCAUGUGGUUGGUCUCUGCUCGUCGCCGCACGGCGGGUACUGUUUCCUCUUGGAUACCGAGCUCGGCGUCGUCUACUGGAUCCACUGCCCGAGUUAUAUCCAUGCAAACCCCUCUCGCGAGCCUCUUGCGGGGGAAGCGGAGGUAUCUGAGGAUGAAGCCUGGAGAUCGAAUCCCGCCUGGGCAGUAGAGGACUCUUUUGAGCUUCUGAAGGGCCAGUUUCGGUCAUUGAACUUCGCACCGACCACGGAGAGUGUCGUAGUAGAGACCCAGGCAGUCGUGAUGGAGGAGGAACAGGAUGUCCUGCUCGUUGUCAAGGGCAUCUGGAAAGAUCAUUGCUGGCCAGACAUGGGCGCAUACAAGAAGCAGGAAUGUCUAGAGGCGGCUGAAGGGUAUAUCGAAGAGGACGCUCCAUUGCUUCAGUAUUCGGGAUAG